GCCGCGCCCCGGGGACCACCGAGAUGGGCCGCCUCCGGGCGGCCUAGAGGGGCGGUCGACGCCGGUUAUCGGUUCCGUGUCGGCUUUCGGAGACUCACCUCUUGGGGUUCUGAGGGGAGCAGGCUCGUUUCAGGCGAGUUCUUCGUGCUAGUCUCGUCCGGCGCCAGCUUCCUCGCUUUCCUUAGCGAUUCGUUAGCACCCCGCCCCUGAACUCGCCUCUCUGACCCGGUGCUCGGGUGUCUGGGCCUCGCAGAAGCCACCGAGGUGGCUGCGGGGCCUCCUAGAGCCCUGGUCCAGUCCCUUGCCCACCGAGGCGUGAUCCUCUUUUUUGCCCUAAAGAAGUUGGCCCAACUGCCUCCCGUGCCCGGUACCGAAGUUUCUGAUGUUUGGGGUCUCCUGCUUCCUUGGGUGGAGAACCCGUUGGGGUCUCCUAUCAUCAUCACCCACUGGAACACUUGAGUAUUUUAGCUCAGUCCAGAUCCAGCCACCCCUGUCUCCCUUCUCCAAAGGCACCCUUUUUGGGCUUUUAAGGUUCUUGCUCUUGCAAACCCAGAAGACAGUGCACGGAGCCAGGGAACAUCAGCCAUGCUCCAAACCACUUGGCCUCAGCUCAGACUGCCCCCUCUGGCCCUCACUCAAGGCUUCAGCAGGAACCUGUUGUUUCAGGAGCCAGUGACCUUUGAGGAUGUGGCCGUGUACUUUACCCAGAACCAGUGGGCCAGCCUGGAGCCUGUGCAGAAGGCCCUGUACAGGGAGGUGAUGCUGGAGAAUUAUGCAAAUGUGGCUUCCCUGGAAGCACUUCCAUUCCCCACACCUGUUCUGAUCUCCCAGCUGGAGAGAGGGGAAGCACCAUGGGGCCCAGAUCCCUGGGAAGCAGAGAUUUUGAGAGGCAUCUGUCCAGGUGGUGAGUCCUGGACUAAGACAGAAGAGCCAGUGGUAAAGCAGGAAGCCCCUGAAGAAACAGAGGUGCACAGUGUGCCAGUGGGAGGGCUUUUCAGAAAAGUGUCUCAGCACUUUGAUUUUAAAAGCAAGGCACCAUGGCAGACUUUCAGUCUGAAUCCCAAUCUAAUACUUCGAGGUGGAAUGAAGUUCUACGAGUGUAAAGAAUGUGGGAAGAUCUUCAGAUAUAACUCAAAGCUCAUUCGGCAUCAGAUGAGCCACACUGGGGAGAAGCCCUUCAAAUGUAAGGAAUGUGGCAAAGCUUUCAAGUCCAGCUAUGACUGUAUCGUACACGAGAAGAACCACAUCGGCGCAGGACCCUACGAAUGUAAGGAGUGUGGCAAAGGUCUGAGCUCCAACACAGCCUUGACCCAGCAUCAGCGGAUCCACACGGGUGAGAAGCCCUAUGAGUGUAAGGAGUGCGGCAAGGCCUUCCGUCGGAGCGCAGCGUACCUUCAGCAUCACAGGCUACACACUGGGGAGAAACUCUAUAAAUGUAAGGAAUGUUGGAAAGCUUUUGGGUGUAGGUCACUCUUUAUCGCCCACCAGAGAAUUCACACUGGGGAGAAACCCUACCAGUGUAAGGAGUGUGGCAAGGCGUUCACCCAGAAGAUUGCUUCCAUUCAGCAUCAGAGAGUUCACACCGGAGAGAAGCCAUAUGAGUGUCAGGCAUGUGGGAAAGCCUUCAAGUGGUACGGCAGCUUUGUUCAGCAUCAGAAAUUGCACCCUGUGGAGAAGAAGCCUGGCAAGGCUCUCGGGCCAUCCCUGCUGUGUCCCCAGGGCCCCUCUUCAGCCUUUGCUGCCAUGCCUUUCCAGGGCCCCUGCUCUGCGCCGGCUGUGGCCAUGCCUUCACUGGCCUUGCCACACGCCGUCCUCAUUCCUGCCUCCGGGCCCGUGUUAAUGCUGCUGCCCGCGUCUGGAGUCCCUUCUUCUCCUGUCCAAAUAGUACGAGUCUUCCAGGGUCUUCCUCCCACUGUGAAGCCUUCCCCAGUUAUUCUGACCCCUUCUCCUCACCCCUCGUGAGCUCUGUCUUGGCACUUCUCUGGCUGUUACACACAGCAGAUCUCCAACCUAACUUAAGCUUGAUUUGUGGCUUUUACACCAUACAUGUGUUACAGCUGUUUGGGCAUAAACGCCAUUGUAAUCGAGAUAUAUUUAAAGACUGUGUUUGUAUGAUAUAUUCUGUUUUUUUCUGGGUAGAAAAUGGAAAUACUUGACCUUCAUAUUGGUCCCUUUCAGGCUUGAACAGUAACGGCCGUGUCUGCAUUGUGGAGCUGCUGGUGGUCGAAGUGCUAAUAGGACGCUUUGGUGAAUUAGGGACGUUUGAGAGAGAGGACAUCCCCGUAUUAGGCCCCUGUAAUUAGAGAGAAGCAGCCUGGGAGAAACAGAGGAGGCAUUUAAGACCUGUCAGAGUUGAGAAUUGGAAUGAGCUUCCAACCAUGGCCUUUAGAAAUGAAUGCAGAUUGUUCAGUGGGUGAAGGUGUGGUGUAUUCAUGCAGUUGAAGUUGGGUUGCUAUUGACACAGAUCAUUGAGGAUCUUGUACGUCUCUGCAAAAGAUCAUUUGAAAUAACCAGUUUAAAAAAAAAGAAAACAUACAGUGAUAACAAUCAUUUAUAUGAUGAAUAGCAAUCAUGUCUUUAAACAUGAAGUUGUUUUUUUUUAAUCUUUAGUUUUGCUCUUGAUAUCUAGAUGUUUCCUCGUAACUUUGGUUUCCUAAGUAAAUAUACACCAAGGCAUUCAUCUUUGCUCCAUCUGUUGCAUAAAUUUUUCUUGGUGUGCAUUCUGGUUUCCUGUUUGCACGCACUGGUUUCUACAUUGGCUUUUCUCCAAAUUGUAAACAUGAACUUUGGCAAAUUACUGAAGAAAUAGGAGCAGCCGAUUUGGGGGAAAUCUGAAUAUGCCUGCAGAAUUGUAUUUUAGGAAUAAAGAGGGCUAUGUAACGGGUCAGUGGUUAAGCUUAUGUGACAGGUUAGUGAAGUGGAAUUUUGGAUUGCUCUUGCUUUUGACCUUAGGUGAGACUCUUUUAUAACUGUGCAAAGGACCGCGUGAAGUAAUUCCUGGAAAAAGAACUUGAGUUAUGCAUUACAGGCACACCUUGUUUUAUUGCACUUCACUUUAUCCAUUUCACAGAUACUGUUUUUUACAAAUUGAAGGUUUGUGACAAAACUGCAUUGUUGGAUAAUGGUUAAGAUUUUUUAGCAAUAAAGUAUUUUUUAAUUAAGGUAUGUUCUUUUUUUUAGACAAUGCUAUUACAUACUUCAUAGACUAUAGUGUAAACAACUUUUAUAUGCACUGGGAAACCAAAAAAUUUGUGUGGCUUGCUUUCUUGCUAUAUUUGCUUUAUUGUGGUGGUCUGGAACUGAACCAGAAGUAUCUCUGAGGUCUGCCUGUAUUAGCACUAAUAUAAAGUAAACCCUUAAAUGUUGAUGGAAGGGGCCAUAACAUUUUUUUAAAGUUGCUUUUGCUGUCUACAUGUGUCUCCAUUGCAGUUAACAGAAAAACCUUUGCACUAGUGGUUCUUAAACUUUACCAUGUGUCUGAAUAAGCUGGUAUAAAAAGAGUAAUUUUCUGGCCUAACUCUCAGAGAUUCUGAUUUUGUAUAUCCAUGGUGAUGCCCAGACCUUUAGUGUGGACCACACUUUGAGAGAGGUGCCUUGAGCAGCAAAUGCCUGGGUGGUGUACCUUGAUAAAGGGCUUGCCCUAUUUCACAGUGAUCUUCAGGAGAGAAACUUCUAAAAGUAGUUUGGGUGAUAUCAGUUUAGAAGAAAAGAGAAAAGUAAGUGAAAUUUGGUCUGUAGGGAAAAAAAGAAAGGGGCAAAGAGAACUGAUGAAGCUUAUGAAGAGUUCUUGAGGUCUCCACUGCCAGAAGGUUCGUGGGGUUGACAUUGGUUACCUUUUGCUGUUUUUGUGGUUUAUUUGCAUGUUGGAUGAAAGAAUGAGGAAAAUUUUUUUCUUAUAUAAAGUUAGUACACUUCAAACUAGCUCUUGGGUGAAAGAGAGCACAAAGUGAAAGCUGCAGAUGAUUUAGAACUGAACAACAGUAAGAAUAGAUCAUAGCAGGGUCUAGGGGAUGUGGCGAAAGGUGGUACUUGGAGCAAUGUUUACAGUCUUGGAUGCAUUCUUUAGAAAAUGAGUUUGAAGGCUUGCAAUUCAGAAGGUUGGGGUGGGGGGGCGGGAUGGUGGUGGGAAACAAAAAAAUUAACCAAAAACUAAAAACCGAACAAACAGACCACCAGCCCCCUUCCCAAUAAACUUAGAAAUAAGAUACACAACAGAGUUUGGUGUUUGUUUAUUUAUUUAUUUACUUAAUUUAUUUUUGGCUGCAUUGGGUCUUAGUUGUGGCACGCAGGAUCUUCAUUGAGGCAGGCGGGAUCUUUUGUUAUGGCAUGGGCUUCUCUCUAGUUGUGGCAUGUGGGUUUUCUCUUCUCUAGUUGUGUGCAGGCUCCAGGGUGCGUGAGCUUUGUAGUUGUGGCGCGCAGGGUCCAGAGCAUGUGGGCUCUGUAGUUUGUGGCACGCGGUCUCUCUAGUUGAGGCGCACGAGCUCAAUAGUUGUGGCGCAUGGGCUUAGUUGCCCCGCGGCAUUUGGGAUCUUAGUUCCCUGACCAGGGAUUGAACCUGCAUCCCCUGCAUUGUAAGGUGGAUGCUUUCCCACUGGACCACCAGGGAAGUCCCCAGGGUUUGGUAAAGAUGGCAGUUGAACAUGUUAGCAUUUACACCCUCCUGAAACUCCACUAAGAUAGUAAAGAGAUUAAAAAUUAAAAAGCAUAAACUCAGAAGAACAAUGGAAAUAAGCUGAUGACAACAUUUUGGAAGCUCAAAAUCAGGUGAAAGAGUUGUGACUUUUAGCAGAGCUGAGAAAGGUAAACCUAAGCCACAUUUCAGGAAGCUGAGCAGCACCCCCAUGUGGCAGAAUUCCCAGAAAGGCUUAGGAACUGAAGAUUCAGAAACCUCUGGAAGAAGGGGAUGCUGGUGGGGUGAAGAACAGGAAAAUUGGCUAAAGGUCUUUAAGAAGCACUUCCUGGGCUUCCCUGGUGGCGCAGUGGUUGGGAGUCCGCCUGCCGAUGC